AUGGCCUCCAUCCGUGCCAAUUGCCGCAAAAUCAUGUGUAUCGGCCGUAACUACGCCGAUCACAUCACCGAGCUCAACAACACCAAGCCCAAGCAGCCCUUCUUCUUCCUCAAGCCUGCCUCCUCCAUCCUCAUCCCCGGUGGCGGUCCCGUUCUCCGCCCCAAGGGCGUCAGCAUGCACUACGAGGUGGAAUUGGGCCUGGUGAUAGGCAAGACCGUGCGUGAUCUCGAUCCUGAGGAUGAGAAGGGUGCAUUGGAUGCUAUCCACAGUUACAUCCUCGCUAUCGACAUGACCGCCCGCAACGUGCAGGACGAAGCCAAGAAGAAGGGCCUUCCGUGGUCGAUUGCCAAGGGCUUCGACACCUUCCUGCCCAUUUCGCAAGAGAUUGCCAAAUCGCGCAUUCCGAACCCUCACGAUGCCUUUCUGCGCCUCCAUGUCGGACAGAACGAGCGCCAAGCGGACUCGACGAGCCUGAUGCUGUACCGGAUCCCCCAACAGUUGGCACAUAUCUCGCGAGUGAUGACCUUGGAGAAGGGCGACAUCGUGUUGACGGGAACGCCCAAGGGAGUUGGCCAGGUCCAUGCCGGAGAUGUGAUGCGAGCAUCCAUCGAGGUGGACGGCAAGGAGAUCGAGGAAGGACGCAUCGAGGUCGAGGUUCAGGACCGAGAGGGCCCGUACGAGUUCAAGGAGACUUAG